GCGGUGUAAUUAAAAUGUGUUCGCGUGUUGUCAUGGAUACGGUUGUGUUUUGGUGUCGUGUGAAGUCCUUGUGUAAUUCAAAGGGAAGAAUGCGAGCAGUGUCAACAGCAAUAUUCAUGAAAAAAAUAAAGUAGAGUUACAACCGAUGCGGAAUAGGUACAUUUCUUGCAGCAGUUCCUUUUCUUUUUUUUUUUUUUUAAAAAAAAGAAAAGCUGCACUGCUCCUAAGAGUCCGGGAGUAUCGGCAGUAUCAUGCGUUUCCAAACUUCUCUUGCAAAUGAGCCACAACAUAAGGACGUAGUGACCUGUGUUACGUGGAAUACUACCGAGGAAAUUUAUUCCUGUGGGGAUGAUCACAUUCUUCUGAAGUGGAAUCUCAUCACAAAUGAAACAACAAAAGUAACCGACUUUCCAAAUGACUUUUAUCCAACUGAUCUACAUUAUUUUCCAAAACUGCAGUCAUCUAUCAAAAAACAAGGACUGGACAUUUUACUUAUAAGUACAGCAGAUGGCAAAUUCCAUUUGGUCAACAAAAAUGGAAGAAUAGAGAAAUCAGUUGAUGCUCACAAAGGAGCCAUUUUUAGUGCUCGUUGGAGCUAUGAUGGUGCAGGGCUUCUAACAGCUGGAGAAGAUGGCCAAGUUAAAGUGUGGUCACGUAGUGGAAUGCUUAGGUCAACUGUCGUGCAUACUGACUGCCCUGUUUACUGUGCCUUGUGGAGUCCAGAUUCAAAUCAGAUUUUAUACACCUCAGGCAAGAACUUAACCAUUAAACCACUGGCACCAAACAACAAGCCCCUCAAGUGGAAAGCACAUGAUGGAUUGAUUCUGAAGGCUGCAUGGAAUUCUAGCAACAAUCUCAUAGUCUCAGGUGGAGAAGAUUGUCGAUAUAAGGUGUGGGACACAUAUGGAAGACAGCUGUACUGCAGUUCAGUUCACGACUACCCAAUUACAUCUGUUUCGUGGACACCUGAAGGAGACUUAUUUGCUGUUGGUUCUUUCAAUACCCUGAGACUGUGUGACAAAUGUGGAUGGUCCUAUUCUUUGGAGAAAGUCAGAACUGGAAGCCUAUUUAAUAUAUCUUGGUCAAGUGAUGGAACCCACAUUGCAGGUGCCUGUGGAAACGGGCAUGUAAUAUUUGCUCACACUGUUGAGAGGAGGUUGGAAUGGAAGAAUUAUGAAGCAACGGUCACUGAUCGUAAAUCAAUUUCAGUUCAUAAUGUGAGUGAUGAUACUUGGGAAAAACUUGAAUUUCCAGAUCGAGUGAUAAGAUUAUCUUUUGGAUAUAACCAUUUAGUAGUGAUCACACCCACACAGUGCCAUAUUUACAGUACAAAGAAUUGGAAUACGCCAGCCAUUUUUGAUCUACGAGAGGGAACAGUGUCUAUGCUGCUACUUGCUGAAAGACACUUUGUUAUUGUUGGAAAGUCAUACUUCACAUUACAUGGUUAUGAUGGUCGAUUGCUGUGCUCUCCAAAAUGGGGAGGAAUGCAACCAGAAACUCUUAGCCCCAUGUUUGUCAGCACUAGCUGUGAUACACUGGCUGUCAGAGAUCAAGUGGAUGAUAGGGUCUUGCAUCUUUUUGAAAUAGGAAGUACUCGUUCUAUAGCAGAACUUCCAACUAUUUCACAUAGCAUGAGUGUCAUGGAGAUUGCCUUGAAUCAAGCGGGAUCUUCACUGAUGAGACAGCUUGCCAUUAUUGACAAAAAUCGUGAUUUGUAUGUGUCAACCAUAAGAGGAAUGGCAACACGGAAACUAAGAAAACUUGGAUCAAUGGUCCAAUGUCUGAGGUGGAAUUGUGAUGCGAACAUUUUGGCUGCCAUUCAAGAUACAAGACUGUCUGUCUGGUAUUAUCCUCCUGUUUUGCACAUUGAUAAGAGGCUUGUUAAGAAGACAGUGUUAGUAAAAGACAUCAGUGAAUUUGGAAAAACCCCAGUGAUUGUUAGUUUUGUAGGAAACCAUUUAGGCAUCAGACGUACUGAUGGCUCUUUGGUUAACUGCAGUAUUUCACCCUAUCCAUCAGUUCUGCAUAACUAUGCUGCUUCUUCUAAUUGGAGUGAUGCUUUGAAACUAUGCCGACUUGUCAAGGAUCCAAUUUUAUGGGCUUGCCUUGCUGCUAUAGCAACACAUGCCAAAGAGUUAAAUACAGCUGAAGAAGCAUAUGCAGCUAUUGAUGAAGUGGAUAAAGUUCUCUAUAUCCAACGUAUUAAGGAAAUCCCAGUUGCAGCUGCUAAAGUAGCUGAAGUGUCACUGCUUGCUGGAAGUACACAAGAUGCCGAAAAUACACUACUGCAAAAUGGACUGAUAUACAGAGCUAUUAUGAUGAAUAUCGAUUUUUAUAAUUGGACAAGAGCAAUGGAACUGGCUAUAAAGCAUAAAACACACAUUGAUACUGUGUUAUACCACCGUCAAAAAUACUUAAAUGACUUUUCUAAAACUGAAACACUAGAAAUGUUCCUGCAGUUGCAUAAUGAGGAACAACAUUUUCUAGAUCUGUGCUCUUUGCAUGACAACAGAGAAACACAUCAGUUUCUUCGAGGUUGAGAUUGAUGAGGAGAAAAUCACAGCAAAAGAACGGAUGGAGCUUGAAGCUGAGCAGCAGAAUUACUCCAUAAAAUAAAGUUCCUGUUGUGAAGCAACUUGGUCCCAUUACAUGAAGCACCAUGGCAUGUUGUAACACUGUGUUUGUAAUAAGGAGUUCAAAAGUUCCUCCUUUACUAGUAGUUUAUUUCUAACUUAUACCAACAUUAUUGUAAUGCAUGUUAGAAGCUUGUAGCAGGCAUAAUAUACCAUUUUCAGUCAGUAAUGCAAUAAAGAGUUACUUUAUUAUUUUUAACAUAUACUGACCUUGUUAUUAGUAUUUCCAACAUCUACUGUGGAUGCAAGUGUGUGUGUGUGUGUGUGUGUGUGUGUGUGUGUGUGUGUGUGUAUGUGUGUGUGUAAAGCUAAUGUGCUUGACAGAGUCGUGCACCCGGGAUUAUUCCUUUCAUGGGCAACUCUUUUAUCCAGUGAGCUAUUCAGACAUUGCUCAUGACCUGCCCUCAACUUCACUUCUGCCACUAAUUCAUUCCAGUUGCUUUCCAUAUGUCACAGAAGCUGUCCCGCAUAUUUUGCUGAAAUAGCAAUUUUAAUUUACCAAGUAGUUUCAUAAUAGUGCACACUCUGCUGCAGAUGUCUGGAAAUAAUCCUAUGGGUUAUGACUAAGCAACUUCUUUGGAAUAUUUUAUUUUUCAAGAGUACUAGUUCAGCAAUUGUGCAGGAGAACUUCUGUUAAUUUUAGAAAGUAGGCUAGAGCGACUGCCAGAAGUGAAGUUGUAAGUGUGGGUUGUCAGUCAUGUCUGGAUAACUUUGUUGG